GGCAUGGACCCGGAGAGCUGCGCGCCUUUCGGCGUGGGGCCCGGGCCUCGCCCCUACGCGGCCGCCGGGGAUGAGCCUCCGGGCCCCCAGGGGACCCCGGCCGCCGCGCCUCACCUGCACCCUGCGCCACCCCGCGGCCCGCGGCUGACCCGCUUUCCGGCCUGCGGGCCCCUGGAGCCCUACCUCCCGGAGCCGGCCAAGCCGCCCGCCAAGUACCUGCAGGACCUCGGCCCCAGCCCGGCGCUCAACGGCGGCCACUUCUACGAGGGCCCCGCGGAAGCUGAGGAGAAGGCCUCCAAAGCUGCCAGCUUCCCCCAGCUGCCCUUGGACUGCCGAGGGGGCCCCCGAGACGGGCCCUCUAACUUGCCAGGCUCCCCAGGCCCCUGCUUGGCCGGCCUGCGUGUCCCUCUGUCCCCGGGACUCCCUGACUCCAUGGAGUUGGCCAAGAACAAGAGCAAGAAGCGCCGUAACCGCACGACCUUCAGCACGUUCCAGCUGGAGGAGCUGGAGAAAGUCUUCCAGAAAACCCACUACCCUGAUGUGUAUGCCCGGGAGCAGCUGGCUCUGCGCACGGACCUCACCGAGGCCCGGGUACAGGUCUGGUUUCAGAACCGCAGAGCCAAGUGGCGGAAGCGUGAGCGUUAUGGGAAGAUCCAGGAGGGGCGGAACCCCUUCACGUCUGCCUAUGACAUCUCCAUGCUGCCCCGAACCGACAGCCAUCCCCAGCUGCUCCCACCCCACCCCGGCCUGGAUGCCAGAGAGGACACACCUCUGCCUCCAAGGCCCAGAUGGUUCCUGGAGGCCCCGGCAGAGCAGCUGGGACCCUCAGGCUUCCGCAGGGAACAAGCUACAGAAUCUUUUCUGUUAGAAUAAGGUGAGGCUGCCCAGGAGAAAAAGGGCUUCAAAGCAGGUAGGACUCUUCCUACCACACACUGGGUCCCCUCCCCCAAACCCUGGGCCAGAGGGAAAAAGAUACUGCCCUGCUUCCUUCAGACUUUGUCUGAGUUUAACUGUCAUCCCUCCAGCUGAAACAACUUAACUGGCGCUUCAUUCAGGGAAUGCAGGAAAAUGGGAGGACGAAACAGGUUGAACUGGGCGGCGCUCCCUGCCUCUUAGGGGAAACCAGUCUUGUAUGACAACCUAGGGCCGGCCUCACUUCCCCCUCCCACCACAAGGGGGCGUGCACCCAGCAUCUGGCGCUGACAAGGGCCUGUAAACUGGAGGUCAGUGUAAAAGGUACCCCUUCUCCCCUGCUCAGCCGUCUCUACUCCUGACCUGCAACAUGUGCCCCCUCCUGCAACAUGCUAUGGAGUCCUCUUACCCCUCCAAGGGGCAGAAACUCCACCAGAAAUCACCAAAUAUUUGGAUUCUCUUCCAUGAGAUCAGGCCAGAGCAAAGCCAUAGAAACCUUAGGCUCCCUUGGUUUACUCAUUGGCUGUUGGUAAGAAUAAAACAGAUUUCCACAGACUCAACCCCUGAGAUUCCAAACCCCACUUUUGUAAAGGUACUUUUGUAAAAAAUGUGCUGCCCAGCAUAAUAAUAAAGGUGGCAGUAUUUUUUA